GGUGUGUGUUAGUAUGCAAUUGCGAUUCAUUAUUCAUAGUCUCUUUUGACAUUGGUGUAAAAUAACUUGAUUGGUAACAAUAUUUUCCCUACUAGUUUAGGAAAAGUAUAAAGAGGUGAGAAAAAUCUCAAAUCGAAAAGGAAGAGGAAAGUGGGGGUAAAGUUGGAAAUAUAAAAAUUUUGGAAAAGUAGAACAAUUAGAAAGAGGAAAACCCUAAAAAAAAAAAGAGGGGGACUAUAUAACUGGCUAACACGUAUUGGGUUGAGUCUCUCUCUACCUCAAUUUAUAUUAUUUGCUUCAAUCUUCUCUUUAUCGCUCCACCAGAUCCAAGUUCGCGAGAUUUCAAGCUCUCUAACAAAGUUCUUCACUUUUACUCUCAAAGCUUUCAUCUUUCAUUCAACUACUUAAGCUCCAAGUAUGGCAGGAUCCGCACCGGAAGGAACACAAUUUGAUACGCGUCAGUUUGACCAGAGGCUGAAUGAAGUUCUCGAUGGACAGGAUGAGUUCUUCACCUCAUAUGAUGAGGUCCAUGAGAGCUUUGAUGCCAUGGGUUUGCAAGAGAAUCUUCUUAGGGGUAUCUAUGCUUACGGUUUCGAAAAGCCUUCUGCUAUUCAGCAAAGAGGAAUUGUACCCUUUUGCAAGGGUCUUGAUGUGAUCCAGCAGGCACAGUCUGGUACUGGAAAAACCGCCACUUUCUGCUCUGGUGUCUUGCAGCAGCUUGACUAUGCCCUUCUCCAGUGCCAGGCUCUCGUUUUGGCUCCCACCAGAGAGCUUGCUCAGCAGAUUGAGAAGGUCAUGCGUGCCCUUGGUGACUACCAAGGUGUCAAGGUUCAUGCCUGUGUUGGUGGAACCAGUGUCCGUGAGGAUCAGCGCAUUCUCCAGGCUGGUGUUCAUGUUGUCGUUGGAACUCCCGGUCGUGUUUUUGACAUGCUUAGAAGACAAUCUCUCCGCCCUGACUGCAUCAAGAUGUUUGUCCUUGAUGAAGCUGAUGAAAUGCUCUCCCGUGGUUUCAAGGAUCAGAUCUAUGACAUAUUCCAGCUUCUCCCACCAAAGAUUCAGGUUGGAGUGUUCUCUGCGACAAUGCCUCCGGAAGCUUUGGAGAUCACAAGAAAAUUCAUGAGCAAACCAGUGAGAAUCUUGGUGAAACGUGAUGAGCUCACACUUGAAGGUAUCAAGCAAUUCUACGUGAACGUGGAGAAAGAAGACUGGAAGCUUGAGACUCUCUGCGAUCUCUACGAGACUCUAGCCAUCACUCAGAGUGUCAUCUUUGUCAACACUCGUCGCAAGGUCGACUGGCUCACAGACAAAAUGAGAAGCCGUGACCACACAGUCUCAGCAACUCAUGGAGACAUGGACCAAAACACCAGAGACAUCAUCAUGAGAGAGUUCAGGUCUGGCUCGUCUCGUGUUCUAAUCACAACCGAUCUCUUGGCUCGUGGUAUCGAUGUGCAGCAAGUCUCUCUAGUCAUAAACUUUGACCUCCCAACUCAGCCAGAGAAUUACCUUCACCGUAUCGGAAGAAGUGGAAGGUUCGGGAGAAAGGGUGUGGCGAUUAACUUUGUGACUCUUGAUGAUCAGAGAAUGCUGUUUGAUAUUCAGAAAUUCUACAAUGUGGUUGUUGAGGAGCUUCCCUCAAACGUGGCUGAUUUGCUGUGAAGAAGAAGAAGAAGAAGAAGAAGAAAGGUUGCUUGUUUCGCAAAUUUCUUAUUUGAUUUUUGACCCGUCUCUCUCUCUCUGAAUCAUCGAUACAUCUUUUUCAUUCUCUAGUAUUCUUCAUCAACUCUAUCGAACAUAUAUAUGUCUCUUCUGACCAUAUUUCUUUUUUAUCAAAUGCAAUAUUUAUUUCUUCUCUUGUAUGAUCCAAAAAUCUUUCGUAAUUACAAGUCUAUUCACAGCAAUUCUAU